CCCAUUGUGAUCUCUGAACACACCACCUAAACCCGCUCGACACGAAAGUUGAUCAAAGGCUGCAUCCACACUCAAUUUUACAAACCCAACUGGACGUUUCUGCCACUUCGGAGUCGCCCUAGCAGCCAAGGCUGGCUUAAUAGCUUUUCUGUGGUUGUUGGACCUAAUACGUUAUAGAUGCAAUGCUCUUUGUAUUCGGAAAACGAGCUAAGCAGAUGCGACUUAACAGAGUUUCGGAGCUCAUUCAUAACUCCCCUAAUUGCCAGAAUAUAGAUAGUGCUGGAGUUUCUGUUCAUUUCCAGGAGAUCAUGGAUUUGGAUGAUGGGACGUUUGAAGCUGUUCCAGGAAGUGAAUUUGUAAUCACUAGGGUAGCGUAUCGGGAUAACUCUUCCAAGUAUUACAUCAAUGAUCGUUCAAGCAAUUUCACUGAAGUUACCAAGAAUCUGAAAGGGAAAGGAGUUGACCUGGACAACAAUCGCUUCUUGAUUCUUCAGGGUGAAGUUGAGCAGAUCUCACUCAUGAAGCCAAAAGCUCAAGGAUCUCAGGAUGAAGGCUUCCUCGAGUACCUUGAGGACAUUAUUGGGACCAGCAAAUAUGUCCAAAAAAUUGAUGAAUCUUAUCAAGAGUAUGCUCUAGUUCAUUGAAAAGCUUACAUGUUAAUCCUGCUCAUCUGCACCAUACUCUACUUUCAAUCAUGCUUCUCUGCUGCCUAGUCUAGGAAAUGAAACAGUAAAGGAAAAAUCUCACAUGUAUGACUGUUUUACAGAAAAGAUGAAUGAUUAUUGCUGUAACGCCCCAAACUGCACCCCAUCAGUUUAGGCAUGUCACAGCGCCGCGUGUCCUUAAGACAUAAACUGAAGGUUUCGUUUACAUCCUAAAAACCCGCAAGGCAUUUUAGUUAAAACAAACCAUAAUUUAUGAAAUUCGAAACUCAGAGUUAAAAUCGAAAGCGUGAAAUAAUUUGAGGUGUAAAACAUUCUAAAAACUAAGUUAUCUUUCUUUGAAGUCGAACUAAAGAUCACAAGGCAAGAAUAGUGUCAAAGUACAACUCAAAAAUGACAUUUUCACGAUUAACCAAAACAUGGCUCAUUGACGGUGUGGGUAAGUGGUCGAAGAAUAAGGCAAUUGCAGACAAACAGUUCCGAGCAAGAUUUCCAAUAAUACAAGAAAUGUGCCAAACACUAGGAUAUGAACUUGAAACCUUACGUGUGAUUUCAAAGUUUCAAAGACACUUAACAUUGAACAAUUAUGCACACCCAGCUUGAUUCAGCUCUCUCCAUUCUUGUGCACAGUACCUGCAUCCAAAGCUGUUGUAGGGGUGAGCUUUCGUCA